UAGCGGGAGACGCUGUCCCGGGAGCGAGGAGGUUGUGGCGAGAGAAGGACCGAGACCGGAGAUGUUUUCUAGCCCGGCUCCCCCAGCGCUCAGGGCGGUUGAAACGGUGACGAGAUCGGCGGCGGUCGCGAGGAGGCUUUCGUCCCGGGGCUGAGCCCUCCCGCGCCCACCGUGCCUGGCGUCGGUGAGGACGAGGGGGGCGUGGCGAGGGCGCGGUUUCGAGUCCGUCCCAGGUGCCGGGGAGCCCCUCCGUUCUGCGUGGCCCGACCCCUCCGCAGAGCCAGGUUCAGAAUGAGAAGACUGAUACAAGAAGAAACUAGCUAAACAGCUAUAAAAUGCCCAAGUCUGGGUUCACAAAGCCAAUUCAGAGUGAAAAUUCUGACAGUGACAGCAAUAUGGUAGAAAAACCAUAUGGAAGAAAGAGUAAAGACAAGAUUGGAUCGUACAGCAAAACUCCAAAACUUGACCGAAAUGAGGUGGGCAAGGAGAUAAAAGAGAAAUCAUCCAUGAAACGUAAACUUCCUUUUACCAUUAGUCCACCAAGAAAUGAAGAACGAGAUUCAGACACAGAUUCAGACCCAGGACAUACAAGUGAAAAUUGGGGGGAGAGACUUAUAUCUUCUUACAGGACAUAUUCAGAGAAAGAAGGUCCAGAAAAGAAGAAAACAAAAAAGGAAGCUGGAAAUAAGAAAUCCACACCAGUUAGCAUUCUUUUUGGCUAUCCACUCUCAGAGCGAAAGCAGAUGGCACUUCUUAUGCAGAUGACAGCGAGAGACAACAGCCCAGAUUCCACACCAAAUCAUCCAUCACAGACAACACCAACCCAAAAGAAAACUCCCAGUUCAUCUCGACAGAAAGAUAAAGUUAAUAAGAGAAAUGAACGUGGUGAAACUCCUUUACAUAUGGCAGCUAUUCGAGGAGAUGUGAAACAAGUCAAAGAAUUAAUAAGUUUAGGGGCAAAUGUGAAUGUGAAAGACUUUGCAGGUUGGACACCACUUCAUGAAGCUUGCAAUGUUGGAUAUUAUGAUGUUGCUAAGAUACUUAUAGCAGCUGGAGCAGAUGUUAAUACACAAGGGUUAGAUGAUGAUACUCCACUCCAUGAUUCUGCUAGCAGUGGGCACAGAGAUAUAGUGAAAUUGCUGCUUCGUCAUGGUGGAGAUCCAUUUCAAGCUAAUAAGCAUGGGGAACGUCCAGUGGAUGUAGCAGAAACAGAAGAGUUGGAGCUGCUGCUAAAAAGAGAGGUGCCUUUGUCUGGUGAUGAUGAAAUUUAUACAGACUCAGAAGAGGCACAAUCUGUAAAUCCUUCUAGUAUUGAUGAAAAUAUUGACUCUGAAACAGAGAAAGACUCUCUCACCUGUGGAAGUAAGCAGAAUGUUCCCAGUAAAGGACCUCUUCCAUCUGCCCUGGAUGAAUAUGAGUUCAAAGAUGAUGAUGAUGAAGAUGUCAAUAAAAUAAUUGAUGAUAGGCAUAUCCUUAGGAAAGAACAACGAAAGGAGAAUGACUGUGAAGCAGAAAAGAGUAGUUUGUUUGCAAAACAGGAAAAAACAUUCUAUGCUAAAUCAUUUAAAAAUAAAAAACAAAAGCCAUCUAGAGUUUUGUAUUCAAGUACUGAAAGUUCUGAUGAAGAAGUUCUUCAGAACAGAAAGGUUUCUACUGCAUCCUCUGUUCCUGAAACAUCAAAUUCUGACACACAAACCAAGAGGGAAUAUGAAUAUAAGCAUAAAGGUAAAGUUAAAAGGAAAUUAAAAAACCAGAACAAAAAUAAAGAGAACCAAGAGCUGAAGCAAGAAAAAGAAGGGAAAGAAAAUACCAGAGUAACAAACUUGACAGUCAGUACUGCAAUAGAUUGUUCAGAAAAGAUCAGAGAGGAUGGAAAUUUUAGGAAAUCAUACAGCCCAAAAGACGAUUCUUCAUUACAUUUAUUUCAUAUUUGCACUGGCAAAUCUCCUAAACAUUCUUGUGGAUUAAGUGAAAAACAGUCAACACCACUAAAGCAAGAACAUACUAAAACAUGUUUAUCACCAGGAAGUUCUGAAAUCACAUUACAGCCUGACCUUGUUCGAUAUGAUAAUACAGAGUCUGAAUUUUUACCAGAAGGUUCAAAUGUAAAGUCUUACAAGCAUAAGGAAAAAAAUAAACAACAGAAGGAUUUUCACUUAGAAUUUGGUGAAAAAUCAAACACCAAAAUAAAAGAUGAAGAGCAUAGUCCAACGUUUGAAAAUUCAGAUUGUACAUUGAAAAAAAUGGAUAAAGAGGGAAAGACAUUAAAAAAGCAUAAACUAAAACAUAAGGAGAAGGACAAAGAAAAGCACAAAAAAGAAGUUGAAGGUGAAAAGGAAAAGUACAAAAAUAAGGAUACUAAAGAACUUCAGAGGAGUGUGGAAUUUGAUAGAGAGUUUUGGAAAGAGAAUUUUUUUAAAAGUGAUGAAACUGAAGAUCUCUUUUUAAAUAUGGAACACGAAUCCCUAACAUUAGAAAAAAAAUCUAAGCUGGAAAAAAACAUAAAAGAAGAUAAAUCAACUAAAGAAAAGCAUACCUCAAAAGAAAGGAACUUUAAAGAAGAACGGGAAAAAUAUAAAAGGGAAAGUGAGAAAUCUUUUAGAGAAGAGAAGAUAAAAGAGCUAAAAGAAGAAAGAGAAAAUGUACCCACAGAUAAAGAAACAGAGUUCGGUUCUUUGGGUAUAAGUAUAAAUGAGGAAACUCUAGGACUUCAUUCAAUGGAAAAGGAGAUAGACAUUGAAAAACAAGAAAAGCAUAUAAAAGAAAGUAAGGAAAAAUCUGACAAGCGAUUUCAAACUAAAGAAAAAGAGAUUGAGAAAACUGAAAGAAAAAAUUCUGAAAAAGAAAAGAAGAUAAAGCAUGAGCAUAAGUCAGAAAAAGAGAAAAUAGAUUUUAGUGAAUGUGUUGAUCGAAUAAAAGAAAAGGAUAAAGUAUAUUACUACCAAAUAGAAAAAUAUAAGGAAAGUGAGAAGAUCAGAAAUAUUAUUAAAAAAACUGAAGAUAGAGAGAAAAAUAAAGAAAAGAUGGAGAGAAAACAUGACAAAGAAAAACCUGAAAAAGAAAGACAUCUAGGAGAAAACAAAGAAAAACACUUGAUGGAGAAAAAAAUGAAGCCAUCAGAUAAUAGUGAGUAUAUUAAAUCAGAAAAAGGCAGGAAUAAAGAAAAAGACAAGGAAAUAGAUAAGAAGGAAAAAUGUAAAGAUAAAGAAAGUAUAAACACAGCUAACUCCAGAUACUUACAGGAAGAGAAAAGGACAAGUAUAGUUGACAGUAGUUAUAAAACACUGCAUGAAAAAUCUUUAUCCCUUAAAGAAAAAUCAAAAGAUGAGCCUUUGAAGACUCUAGAUGGAAAAGAAAAAGAUAAAAAAGAUAGAGACAUAGAGAGAUACAAAGAACGAGAUAAACGCAAAGAUAAAACCCAACUAAAUGCUUCCUUCAAACUAAAGGCUGAAAUAGAUAAAUCUAAACCUAAGUCAUCACCAGCAUCAAAAGAUAAUCGACCUAAAGAAAAGAGGCUAGUGAAUGAUGAUUUAAUGCAAACAAGUUUUGAAAGGAUGUUAAGCCUUAAAGACCUAGAAAUAGAACAGUGGCACAAAAAACAUAAGGAAAAAAUUAAGCAAAAAGAAAAGGAACGAUUAAGAAUUCGUAACUGUUUGGAACUUAAAGUAAAAGAUAAAGAAAAAACAAAACACACACUAGCUGAAUCCAAAAAUAAAGAACUUACUAGGUCCAAGAGUUCAGACUUAACUGAUGCUUAUACCAAGGAGAAACAAUCCAAAGAUGCUAUCAUAAGUAAUAAGUCACAGUUUAUCGACACCAAAAAUGUAAUGAGUUUAGGAAAAUCGACUUUCAUUUCAGAUACUAGCUUAAACAAGUCUCCUAGGUCAGAAAAUGAAAAGCUGGGACUUAGCUCCAGAUCUGUUUCCAUGAUUUCUGUCGCUAGCUCAGAAGACUCCUGCCAUACCACGGUGACGACCCCCAGGCCUCUGAUUGAGUAUGACUCUGACUUUAUGUUAGAAGGUUCAGAGUCCCAGAUGUCAUUUUCCCAGUCACCUUUUUUACCAACUGUCAAGUCUCCAGCCCUUCAUGAGAAGGAACUGGACAGCCUGGCUGAAAUGCCAGAGCGGGUGAAACCACCGUAUGUAAACAGACUCCCAGCACCUCAUCUCAGGUCAUCUUCUGUAGAGGACGUUAAACUAGUGCUUAACGAGGGGAGACCUACCGUAGAAUUUCGAAGGUGUAGCAUGCCUUCUGUCAUAUGUGAACAUGCAAAGCAAUUCCAAACAGUAUCAGAAGAAACCAAUCAAAGUAGCUUAUUAGCUGUGCCAAGAGAGACUUGUCCUUCCCCAAAACCUGAAGUGUCCUCAACUGUGCCUGAAAGAGAAAGAGACUUUUCAAAUGUGUCCUGCAUACAUUCCAGCUUUGCAGCCUCUCCAACAAGAUCUGUAAACAGCAAGUACAUUUCAUCUGAUAUAAUCAAGAGUACUGCUCCAGUGGGCACUCUAAUAGACAGUCCUGUGUAUUUAGAGUCAUCUAAUCAGGUUGGUGUAAUCCAAAAUAAAUCAUGGGAGAUGCCUGCCGAUAGACUAGAGCCAUUAAAUACCAAUGACUUUAUGUGCCCAAAUUCUAGUAUGCCUGAUCAAGAUUCCUCUGUGGAGGGUUUUUGCAGUUCAGAAAACAAAAUACUGAGAGAGCACAAUACUGAUUUUUUAUCCCUGAACCAGACUGAACUGCCAGGAAACGCUUGUGCUCAGGACUCUACAUCCUUCAUGCCGUCACGGCAACCCUGCCCUGUCCUCAACCAAUCACUUUCAGAUGCUGAAUUUGCCUCUAACCCUAUGACUUUGUCAAAUAUUGCCAAUCAAGAGCUAAGUAUUUUACAACAGAAAAAUGCAGUUCAAACUAUGAAUUCCGUUUUAGAUACUGAUAAUGAUUCUACAAGAGAUGUGGAAAACACUUUUGUUCCAGCAGAUGUUCGAAAACCAGAUAACUUUGUCCCAGUAUUUUCUGAAAGCACAAUUCAAGAAUCAUCCUCACACUUUGAGAUGGCUAAUACCUUGCCUGAAUUUCCAUCAGAAAAGGACUUUAAUGGAAGUGAAGAAGGCUCCUCCCAGGUAAAUAUACAUUACACAUUUAGCAAACUAACUUACAAGUCUUCCAGUGGCCAUGAGGUUGAGAAAAGCACAAAUGAUACUCAGAUUAUUUCACAAGAAAAAGAACACAAACUUCAGAACUUGAUCUUAAGUCAUUUGAGUAAGUCUGAUUCUGAUUUGUGUGAAAUGAGUGCAAGGAUGCCAAAAGGAAACCUGAAUGAACAAGAAAAUCUAAAACAUUGUCCUGAAAGUGAAAAAUACUUGCUUUCCAUUGAAGAUGAAGAAUCUCAGCAGAGUACUUUAUCAAGUCUGGAAAACCACUCACAGCAGCUAGCCCAACCAGAAAUGCAUAAAUAUGGUCAGUUAGUCAAAGUAGAAUUGGAAGAAAAUGCUGAAGAUGAUAAAAAUGACAACCAAAUCCCUCAAAGAAUGACUAGAAAUAGAACAACUACAAUGGCAAAUCAAAGCAGACAGAUUCUUACUAGCUGUACACUGUUACCAGAAAAGGACAGUGAAUCUUCUCCUAGGGGAAGAAUAAGACUAACUGAAGAAGAUGAUCCUCAAAUUCAUCAUCCACGGAAAAGGAAAGUAUCUCGUGUACCUCAACCUGUGCAAGUGAAUCCCUCUUUACUACAAGCGAAAGAGAAAACUCAAAAGUCUCUGGCAGCCAUUGUAGAUUCUCUGAAACUAGAUGAGAUUGAGCCAUACAGUUCAGAAAGAGCAAAUCCAUAUUUUGAAUACUUGCACAUAAGGAAAAAAAUUGAAGAAAAGCGUAAAUUAUUGUGUAGUGUUAUUCCUCAAGCACCCCAGUAUUAUGACGAAUAUGUAACAUUUAAUGGAUCCUAUCUCCUGGAUGGAAACCCACUAAGCAAGAUUUGUAUUCCCACAAUUACACCACCACCUUCACUGUCAGAUCCACUUAAAGAGCUUUUUCGGCAACAGGAAGUUGUAAGGAUGAAGCUACGAUUGCAACACAGUAUUGAAAGGGAAAAACUUAUCGUAUCCAAUGAACAAGAAGUUCUAAGAGUUCAUUACAGAGCUGCAAGAACAUUGGCAAAUCAAACACUGCCAUUUAGUGCUUGCACUGUCUUAUUGGAUGCCGAAGUGUACAAUGUGCCCUUGGACUCACAGUCUGAUGACAGUAAAACUUCUGUGAGAGAUCGCUUUAAUGCAAGACAAUUCAUGUCCUGGUUACAAGAUGUGGAUGAUAAAUUUGACAAACUAAAGACUUGUCUUUUAAUGAGGCAACAACAUGAAGCUGCAGCUCUAAAUGCUGUCCAGAGAUUAGAAUGGCAGCUGAAACUCCAGGAGCUUGAUCCUGCUACCUAUAAAUCUAUCAGUAUUUAUGAAAUCCAGGAAUUUUAUGUUCCUCUGGUUGAUGUUAAUGAUGACUUUGAAUUGACUCCUAUAUAGCAGUUGGUACUCUUACAGUGUCAUCCUAAACUGAUGAUAUUCAGGCAUUAUAUUAUGUAAUGCUGCCUUUCAACAAAAUACUGAUAUGCCUUCACACUUAUCCAUUAAAUUAAAGUUGGUUAUGUAGUAGUAAACACUGUCAUUUUAUAAAAACUGAAGAGAAAUAUUUUCAAUCUUAAGUCCAAACAGUUUCUAACAGAAAACUAUUAUUUAUAUUGGUAAAAGGUAACUAUUGCAUUAGAGUAUUAUGGCAGACCGUAGUAGAUACUAAAAAGCUGAGGAUAGCUGCUAACAGCGCUGGAAGCUGUUAGCGCUCUAGGUAAUGAGAUAACCACUAGCAUUCAAAUCUCUUUCAGGUUUUAUUAAAAAUAUUUCAGUAAGCAACAAGGUUCAAUUCCUACCAAAUAGUUUCUAGUGGAAGAAAAACUUGGGACAAAGUUCUUCAGUUUAUUGUCUGUAAAUUAAUUGUACAGUUUUUCUUUUGAAAGUUUUAAUAUUGUCUUCCUUUUUAAUAACUUAUACAUACUGUGCAGAUGUACAUCUUGUAAUUAAUGGUUAAAUAUAUACAAAGGGAUUGGUAGUCAAAGUAUGUACAAAGAAAUAACUGUAAAAUGGUUUUGUCUGUUUUAUUGGACCAAAAUUGGUUUUUUUGUGUUUUGGAGUGUCAUAGCAAUGUUCAGAUAGCAAAACCUUUAAAUAAGGCAUGCAUGUAUUUGCGUUAGCUUGUGUUCAUCCUCAUAACUGUAAAGAUGGUGAUUUAGUUGAUCGCAUGCUUCCUAUAAUUUAACGCUAUCCACAAUUGAUGCCUGGGACGGUGUGAGGUGUUUCAUAACCAUUUUCCUGUGAGAGAAUCUUGUGACUUACUGUGUUUGACACAUUAUGUAGAAUUAGUCAUACAAAGAAACUUUACCUAUCUCCGUCUUGCAGGAGAGACUGGAACAGAAAAAUGCCUUUGAUUCAAAUUCUGAAAUGUAUAUGUCUAUUUUAAUACUCAACUAUGAAAGGUUCUGUGAAUAUAUGUAAAUAUGUUUAAUAAAUUCUAUUGGUCUUGUUAAA